AUGGAUGAACCAAAAAGUAAUGAACGACACACAUCUGAUGUUGACCAAUGUUCAGGUGAUCACGAAAUAAAACAAAAUCAAAAUACACAUGAUGUUAAGUAUAGUCAACGAGAAAUAACAGCUACUGUUGGUUCUGAAUUGUCUAUUCGAAAACAAAAGCGGGAAGUCGACAAAAAUUUAAGUGAAUUUCAGACGCCAAAAUAUGCUCCGCAAGGUAGCUAUCCCACAUUAGUUCAACUAGUCAAAAAAGCAUUACCAGAAAGAACAGCAUGUCGAUUUGGUUGUAAAGGUAAUCGAUGUAAAUAUGAGAGUUCAGAUUUUUGGAGGCCGGAACAAAUGGCUAUUAAAGGAAUAUAUUCGCAUUGGAUUACUAAUAAGAUCCUGGCAUGUUCACGACCAACUACACGUCAUACUGAUUUACGUGAUCUUUUUUUACAGGCUGGAAUUCGAUCAAUUUUCAACUUGGAAGCACCUGAUGAGCAUAUAUUUUGUGGUCAUGGUAAUCAUCAAAGUGGCUUUUCAUAUGAUCCAAGUUCAUUUAUGGAAGUUAAUAUAUCUAUUUACAACUUUGCAAUGGAAGAUUACGGAACAGUAAAAACUGCAACAAUCUUGGAUAUCAUGAGCGUGAUGAGUUUUGCCAUAACGGAGGGCAAGAUUGCUGUCCACUGUCACGCUGGAUUAGGGAGAACAGGAUUUAUUAUUAGUUGUUAUUUGGUGUAUGAAUAUCAUAAGACUGCUCACGAAGCAAUUCAUUAUGUAAGAGCAAAACGCCCCGGUAGUGUUCAGAUGUCAAAACAAAUAGAAGCUGUUGAAGAGUUUGAACGAUUUAUAAUACCAAAACGACGUGUAUUUACAGAAUGUGCUGAUGUCACAGAAACAUUGCCAUUAGAAGUUCAUAUAAAAAAUCAACAAACAUUUCUUCAUGGACGUGAUGUGACGAUAUUUCGUUAUAUCCCGAGGAUUCUUUUUGCUUGUUGUGCACGUCUUGUGGAACUAUGCACAAAUUGUAUAAUCGAUACAGUUUUAGUAACAAUAAAUCGUCGUAAAGGUAGUAAACCAUGCGAUGUUAGAAAAAAUCUUAAAAAUUUAACGGAAGCAGAAAAAAACAUGUGGUCAAAUUUUGCACCAGUGGUUUUACAUGAUCGAGAACAAUUAUUAAAUUCUAAUUCUGCACAAGAAGUCAUUAAUGGAAUUAUUUUAUCAAUAGUCGAACAUCUUUUAACGUCUGAUCAAAAACAAAAAAUUCAAAAUUUGAAACAUAAAAUGAACAGUAACAAUAAUGGAAUCGAUGAAAUAUUUGAAGAAACUGAUCCAACUGUUAUUGGAGCUAUUAUGUGGUCUUGGCUACGUUCGUUAAAGUGUGGCGUUAUUGAACUACUAGCAAAAAUGUAUGCUUAUAUACGCUCAUUUGCCAGUGAGAAAGAAGGCAUUCUGUUAUUGUUUGUUAUCGUUCAUAUUCUUACACAAAGUCCAUUGCCAAACGAUCCCAUAUUGCAUAACUUGACAACAAAUGAAAAAUUAUAUGAUUAUUUAAUAUCAGAACAAAUGGAUCAUAAAAAUCAGCAAUCAGUUCUUGACUCUAUCGUUUAUAGUGCAGUUUUAAGUGUUGAUCAACUACAACAAAUAAGCGCAUUUUUUCAAAAAACAACUGAUCAAUUUGAACCUAUACCGGAAAAUACGAUUUAA